GGUCUCGGAGGCAGAAGCGAGAUGACGAAGGGAACGUCCUCGUUUGGAAAGCGUCGGAAUAAGACGCACACGUUGUGCCGCCGCUGUGGCUCUAAGGCCUACCACCUUCAGAAGUCGACCUGUGGUAAAUGUGGCUACGCUGCCAAGCGGAAGAGGAAGUAUAACUGGAGUGCUAAAGCUAAAAGACGAAAUACCACCGGGACUGGUCGAAUGAGGCACCUAAAAAUUGUAUACCGCAGAUUCAGGCAUGGAUUCCGUGAAGAAACAACACCUAAACCCAAGAGGGCAGCUGUUGCAGCAUCCAGUUCACCUUAAGGGUUUCAAUUAUUAGUCACGCAAUAAAUGUUCUGGUUUUGAAAAAAAAUAAAAAA